AAUGAGUUAAACAAAUGCAUAAUAGCAAUUUGAGGCAUAAAUGUAGUCAUCUCAAGGAUUUAAGCAAGAAAAGCCUAUGUAAAAAUAAAUUUUAGGAUCUAUAUAGGAAUGAAUAAAUAGAAGAAUUGAUGGAUCACCUAGACCAUGAACAUGAUAGUGAAGAUGAAGGAAUGGAAGAUUAUAAGAUAGGAGGUGAGUUAUAGUGUUAAUAAUAUAGGAUAUCAUCCAGUUCAUAUAGGAGAAGUGUUACUAAAUCGAUAUGUGGUUAUAUAAAAGUUAGGAUGGGGACACUUUUCUACUGUGUGGUUAGCAAAAGAUUUUAAAUAUGAUACUUAUGUUGCUCUAAAGAUUUAGAAGAGUGCAUCUCACUAUUUAGAAGCUGCAUAUGAUGAAGUAAUAAAGUUCAAUUAAUAAUAGGUGGAAAUUUUAUAAAAAGUUGCAUAGAAUGUCUAGAAUCCAGUGUGGAUUUAAUCUUUGAAGGAUUAUUAUGCAGAUGUAAUAGUUUAUUUGAUGUUAAUUAACAGCAAGGAAGAACUUCUUUUAAUAGAGAUGAUACUCACACUGUUUAAUUAUUGAAUUCUUUUGUAUACAAAGGACCAUAUGGUCAUCAUUUUUGCAUGGUUUUUGAAAUAUUAGGAGUCAAUCUCUUAGAAAUUAUUAAACGAUUUGAAUAUAAAGGAGUAAUAAUAUAUUUAUAUAUUUAUUAGUGUCCUAUGGAUAUUGCAAGAAGAAUGGCUAAAUAAAUUUUAAUUGGAUUAGAUUAUUUACAUAGAAUAUGUGGAGUUAUACAUACAGAUUUAAAACCUGAAAAUGUUCUAUUGUGUUUAUCUGAUGAAGAAAUUAAAGAUAUAGUUGAAAAUGGAUAAUUAACAUCAAAUUAACUCUUUUCAGAUAGGAUUCAUAUUUAUAGAUAAAUGUUAGGAAUUGUAGAAGACAAACCUACCUUUGAAGAAAAAUAAACUACUACUUAGAAAUAAGAUGAAGAAGAUUUAGAUACAUAAUCCACUAAUUUAUCAAAGACUCAAAAAAGAAAACUAUUAAGAAAGAAGAAAUAGUAAUAAUAAUAAUAAUAGUAAUAAUCAUAAUCGUAAUCAUAAUCAAAUGAUUAUAUGAAUGAAGAUAAAGAAUAAAUAUAAUCAGAAUAGCCUAAAUCAAUAAAAGAAUUAUUUUAACAAUAGAAAAAGUAAAUAUCCAAUUAUAUUUUAGAAUUUCAUUUACAUAACAAAAGAAAUUGCCUGAUAAUUUUCGUUUGAAAAUUGCUGAUCUUGGCAAUGCUUGUUGGAUUCAUCAUCAUUUCUCAACUUUAAUUUAAACAAGAUAAUAUCGAUCCCCUGAAGUUUUAUUAGGAAUCAAAUAUAAUCCCACUGCAGAUAUUUGGAGUUUUGCUUGCAUGAUAUUUGAAAUGCUAACAGGAGAUUAUUUAUUUGAACCUAGAUAAGGCCCAAAUUUUUCAAAAAAUGAAGAUCAUUUGGCCCAAAUUUAAGAAUUAUUAGGCAAAUUUCCUUUUGAAUACAGUACCAGAGGAGCAAAAGCUAAGGUAGUUUAAAUAUUAUAAUAUUAUUUUAGAGAUACUUUACUAACAAUGGGCAAAUGAAAAGAAUUCCAUAAUUACAUUUUUGGAGUUUAUUUAAUGUUUUAACAGAGAAAUAUAGAUUUAAAUAAGAAGAAGCUUUAUCAUUUGCUUCAUUUAUGAUGCCAAUGUUACAUUAAUUACCAGAAUAUAGAACAACUGCAGAAGAGGUGUUAAAAAGGGAAUUAUGUUCUAAUAAUUAAGAUGAAUGUUAGAGAAAAGCUUAAUUAAAGAAAUAUAUAGAUUAGAUAUUUUAAUUUUAGAAUUUUCGAAAUCAUAUUCCGAAUUCAGGUUGGUUAAACUGUAAAACGGACUUAUAGAAUGGACAUAAAAUGAAUGAAGAGGAAUAUAAGAAAUAUAAUAAAUAAAAGAAGGCAAAUGAAGAUGUAGAAUAAUUUGAUUAGAACAUUGAUGGAAUUCAACCAAAAUUAUUAUAAAAUUAUAGAAGAGUAUAUAGAAUGUGUUAUUGAUUAGGCAUCAACUAGAUCUUAUGAUGGAUCAAACUCAUAAACUCCUUAGUAGGACAAAGUGAUUAGAAAAGAAGGGAAAUAUGUAGAUCAUAGGGUGAUUGACAGAUCGUUUACAGAUUUAGGAUAUAUAGGAUAUGGAGAUGGAAUAGACUUAGAAUAAUUAGACAGUACAGGUAACUGGUAGUUUAGUUGA